AUAAAGGGCGUAUAGUAGCGUUGCAACAUUGACUGGUCUAUGCAAAUACAUAAAUACUUAAUAGUUUUUGUUGUUGUUGUUGUUGUAUAAAACCUUUUUUAACCUCGAUAUAGCAUGAAAUAAGCUCUAAAAUGAAGACUUAGUACUGCUAAAAAGCAACAGCCUGAUUGCCAUGGUAACAAUAGCAAAUAUAAGAGUGGUACACAGCGCACGGUCGGUUUUAGAUCGUUAACAGAAUUUCUAAAGCCCAAAUUACUAAUGAAGCUAACGAGCGACUUGUUAACCUUUCACGUAUGCCAAAGUAGGAAACCGUCAAUAAGUUUAUAGAGCACACAAAUGUCAAACAGGCAAGAAAUCAACAUGUAGCAACAUCUCUAUGUCAAGUCGACUUUUCUUCCCUUUGAAUGUUCUCUUAAAUGAAAUCAUGUUCUCAAAUGUAUAGGCAAUGGAAGGUGAAGUGGGUGACACCCACCACUCGACGUUUUCGCCUUUGGAUUGAAUGUCAAAAAGGCAAAAGAAAAAUUAAUUAGCACGAAGCCUUUGUAGGCAUAUCCUUUAUUUUUUUUUAUUCUUUAUUGAUAGAGAAAAGUCAAAGGCAAAUUUCACAAGCUGAGAGAAGAAUCAAUUAAGGGAUCUGUGAUCCUUUGUCAUAUAGAACUGAUUCGAUAACAAAACAAAAAACAAAAAAACAUUUAAAGCUGGGGUGGAUUCUUACACGGCCCAAAAAUCAGAGUGUCGUGCAAUCAGCAAAGCUAAAAAUGACGCAAAAGGCGCAUAAAGAAAAGAUGAAGCUGAAAAAUGGUUGAUUGCUUUUUGGAAAAGAAUAAGAGCAUCUUUACAUAAGAGAGGCAAUAAGUGAAGAGUAUACGCCUCUCUCUUUUAUGGUGGGACUAACUUAGGUAAUAAAAUACAUAACGUUAUUGGAUUGGUUUUCACCUUUUGCUGGGAAUUUGGCGACGAAAGAAAGCUAUGCAUAACAAACACCGUACAGUGGCACUCAAUUUCGCCAUGUCCAUAUAGGAAUCCCAUGAAAAAGAGUCUGAAAGAUGAAUAAGAAACAAAAAAAAAGAGGGGUGAUGAGGUAUUCGAAAUAGAGAGGAAAAAAAAAAAAAAAAAGAAUCCUAACAUUUUGGAAUCCGUACUACUGUUUUCUUAAUUGGCUCUGGAAUGUCGUCCAUUCCUUUUGCUUCCCCACCUACAUCUAAAGUCCCUUUUUAUUUUUUCACAUUUUUCGGCAAAUGUUUGCAUUUCCGCGUCUUGCCAUCCGCCUCUUCGUUGUCUAAUGAAAUUUGGUUGCAUCGGAAUGAUACGUCAAUUGAUUUCGAUAUACUCGUGCUGGGAACCUGUUGAGACGCAAAUAGAAAAAGAUCGUUUAUGCAAAUAGUAUGUACGGGGGAGGGUAUAUAAAAACCCGAAAGAGAUACUUGAAAAAAGAAAAAAAAAAAAAAAGAACAAGAGAUAAAUGGAUGGCGUAGGCAAAAUAAAUAAACUGAUUGAUUGAUUGAUAGGGUAGAAAAGAAAAAAAAAGAAAAAAAAAAAAAAAGAGGGAGCCAGUGAAGAUCGUGGCGCCUGCGCCGGACCGUACCGCAAAGUUGCGGGGGCGGUGAAGAACAGCAGAGGGUGGAGGGCUGGCCUGCCCUUUUUUUUUUUUUCUCUUUCUUCUUUGUGUAAAGACGUCAUCAGAAUUGGACGUUCUACAGUAGCAAUUUGUCGCUGAAGAGGGAGAGGUGUGCGAAACGAGACGCCUUUCUUCUUGGGACUUUUUCCUUUUUUUUGGUAAACGCUAAACCAGUUGAAGGAAACUCUGUUAACAAGCCGGCCGUACCGAUUCCAAGUGAGAACAGAAUUACUGGCCCCUUGCCCCCCCCAAAAUAAUCUGUGAUUCAGUGGAUAUCCCAUGGAAUUGGCCGUGAAAAUUCACUUGUGACUGAUUGCAGCUUCUUUAAACAAAAACCGGUCCUCCUCCCUCAAAAGAUAACGUGACUGGAACAAACAAAACAACAACACAAAGUUUGAAAUCGUAUCUUCUUUAACCAUUCCCGAAAACUAUAGAUAUAUAUAUUUUGUUGUUUCUUCACCGGCGUUCUCUUUGUUUUGCCUAUUCUCCACCCACGCCUGUUUAUCUGUUCUUCGCUUUACUUCUUUUAUCCAUCCAUCCGAAAAUUCCAUCCAUCCAUCCAUCUAUCUAUCCAUCCAUCGAUCCGUCUGUCUAUUAUAUCCGUCCAUUUUUAUUUUUGGCUCUAUCACUGAACGCACCGCUGACGAAAAGUGGUGAUUCAAACUUUUUCCAACUCGCUUUUUCUCACGGCCAAAACGACAAGAGCAGCCACUUGACUGCUGGAAUAGUUUAUUUUAUUUUAAUUUUUUGCACGGUAAAAGAAAACAAAAAACAAACAAAUCUGCAUAUCAAAAUCGGUGUGGUUUGUCAGCCAAUCGGACAACAAUCCUCGCAGAUUUUGGAGAGCCGGCCCCAUUCAAAGUGUAAGGACUUCCAGAUCGAAUCCGCAAGAUAAUCUUGGCCAAAUCAAUUUUUUUAUUUGAGUCGUUAACAAAAUAAACAUACACACAUGCAUAUAACGAUCCUCGGGUAGGAUGGCUGGAGAAGAAUGCCAGACGCAUCACGUCUGCCAGCUGUUUCAGACCUUGUUCCACUAUCUCCGUUCCAGCAUUGGCCAAGUGUCCAUAGCUUAAUUGCAAACACGGCUGCAAUAACAAAAGGCUGAUCUCCACUUCUUAACAGUCUAUCGCAAUCGUCACCUGAAGCAAACACCCCUCCAUAAAAACAGAAUUAACUAAAUAUCAAGGAAAGACAUUAAAAAAAAUAAAUAAUAAUUAAUCGACAGUGACAAACAGAACUAAAAUAUUAUUUAAGGUUUAUCCAUCAAGAACAAGUUUGGGAACGAAAAAGGAAGUGAAAAAAACAAAACAAAACAAACAAAAACAAAAAAAAAACAAACAAAAGAAACAUGCCGUCUGCGUGCACGACAUCGAUGUCGCGGGCCAGCAGACCACGUCACCGCGUCAUAACGAGAAGCAGUGCGGCCCUGAUUGGUUUGCUUAUCUUGGGCUUGUGCGAGGUUGGAACUGUUCUCGUGGCCAAAGAGAGUGCUGCCGGCGUCCACAAUGGGCGCAGGCAACUGUCAGACAAGGCGCAGCAAGAAACGUGGCACCAAGAAAAGGAUCGUUUGCGUACGAUCCGUCGAAAUCAGGCCGGAUGGAUUCAGGCGGCCGAACUGGAAGACGCGGCCCCUCUACAAGAUUCAUCGUCGUUGCCUUCAUCGUCAGCAACGUGGAUCGAGCCUUUCGUUCGUCACCAACGGGAUCCGGUGAUUUCGAACCGGCCACAAGAAACGACACGAUCGGAUGCGGCAAUCGACGCUGUUCCACCUGCAUAUUGGCGCGAGCUGGAUUCAGCCGCGGACGAGGCGGAUAGCAGGAGCGGCGUACAACAACUCAACUGGCACGAAGCACAACUAGCCCGUCUGCACGGAUUGGGGCCAGCUGAAAUCGCCGCUCUCUCUUCGUGGCAGCACAAGUUGAGGCUUCAUUCUCUGCCUCAUCGGCUGGCGGCCACCGCUGGCUGGCACUAUCAGCCGCCAUCUUUUCUGCCCAAGAAUUUGCUACCGCUCUACGGUGGGCCGAAAUCAUCGCUGCACAGCCAACAGGUUCUAACGACCGUCGACGACGCUGACGCAGUCAACAGCCUGGCCAGCAAAGCUGCAAACAGCCAUCCAUUUGCCCAUCAAUUUGUCCAUCAGGCCAAUCAAUCAAAAGCUGAUGCCAGCGACAAUUUACUUCUAUUGCCUCUGUGGCCUAAACGGUCAUCGUCUGAUGCGAAGAAAUCGGACAGGGAGAACAACAAGAAUCGCAGCGCAGCCAACCGCAAAGACAAAAUGGAGGCCGCAAUUGGCAAUGUGGCACCGGCCAGCGGCAAAGGAAGCAAAAACAAAGGCUCCCGAAAGCAACAGCAGCAGCAACAGCAGCAGCAGCAACACUUUCAAGAAUCGCCCCAUCGUCCGGUGUCCGGUGGUGCGGUUGUGGCCGCCGGUGGAUCCAUCCAGCACGAGCACAACGUCCGGCCUUCGGCAGCAGCUUCAUCCUCGACACCUGAUGUCAACCGGAUGAACCGUAAUUUGGCCACCCAGUUCCUGUUACGUUCGCCGAGAGAGAACCGCCAGUACGACGUUCCAAUCAUCGAGUGCCCACCUGCAGAGGAUGGAAUGGAACGUUUCGCGUGCCCAACACCUGAUAUAGUUGGCCGCUACCGAUGUAUCGACGAUCACGUGCUUUGUGACGGUUUCAUCGAUUGCCCCGGCGGAGAGGAUGAAGACGGCCAAGCUUGCAUGUUCUACAAAACGAUGAAAGCGCACCUGGAUCUCGUUGCUGAUGCCCUCUUACGAUGGGUACGGGGUCGUUAAGUCGUCAUAGUACGUCCAUCGCUGUUUCUCCUGGAAUCAAUUGAGUUGACCGUUGCACCAUUUGACUUUUCUUCUUCUCUACUUUACUGAACACUUAAAAAAACCCAAGAAGAAACAAAACUAUUUCUCUUCAUUAACGAAAAUAAUUAAAAAACAAAAAAGAUUUUAUAAUAUUCUAUAUGUACAAACCAAAAAGAAAAAUCAGAAGUGUGUUUAGGAAACUUCUAUCAUUCCCUCAUAUGUCAUAUCUCCUACCCCCGCGUUACGAAUCCACACAUCUAAAUAUUCCAACAACAACAACAACAAAAAAAAGAAAAGUAAACAUACAUUUCCAUCAUGUUAAAACAAAAACAAAACAAACACGGCACUGCAUAAUGAAGACAGGACCCGGGCAAGGAGUGAGGAUGCAUGAAAAAGAAACGCUGAAUCACGUGUGACUCAGGGAACGAACAUAAACCCAUGGCCAACUCAUGAUAUGUAAAAUUCAAGUAGAUAGGUACCGGUGUAGAGUUAAAAAAAAAACAAAAACUAAAAUAAACUUGGUGGAUUUAAUGUAGGUCCUCAAGAGGGAAUGAAAAGUUUCAUCAACAAAGCGUUUUGCGUAGGCCUUGUUUAAACAGCCGUUUAUAUUCCAAGCGUUAAUUUUUUGCAAGCGGGGCAAGACCAUAGAAUACUCGUAAACACUUAAAGGUUCGGCAUAUGAUCCCUUCCUCGCGGACAAUGGGCGGUGGGGUUAUGACCUUUCCACAGGUUCACGACGUCCUUCUUCCAAUACUUUAUUCUAAAAAAUAAAAUUAAAAAAAAAAAAACGUUAAUAAUUUGGGGCAAUACUUACGCUUUUUACGCCUUAGACCUGAUCCAACGGCCGAUCUUCUUUUUUUUUUGUCACUUUUAGCACCGUUUUCCCCUCCCCCCCACUCCGCCCUUUUCAAUUUAUUCUGUAAAUCGAAAAUUUAAAAAACCAAAAAGCAACAAAACCAGAGAUCGCACAUUGCUUCACGUGGUAUUGUUAUGUUCAAGAAUCUAUUUUCAAUUCCAGAAAAAAAAUAAUAAAAACUUAAUUUUUUUAUUUUCACGCCACGAAAAAUAAAAAAAAACGUAAAAAGAACAAGAGGCAGAAGUGAAACACGAGAAAAAGCAAAAAAAAUAAAUAAAAAUAAUGAAAAAAAAAAUACAAAUAUAAUAAAAUAAACAGAAAAAAAAGAAGAAAAGAAAAAGCGUGAUAUUUAUACAUCCUGCUGACAAUCUCCGCUUCGUUCAUGUUCUUUUUAUUCGUUAUUUAGUUCAUUUCCCACAAAACACUGUGCUCCUCAUAUUUUAUUAUUCGUCUUUCAUAAUUCACACAUUUUUCACUGUAGUUCGUUACAGUCUCGUUAUAUCUUGAAAUCCGUUCAGCAAAAUUCCCGAUUUGAAAGGGGGGAAAAAAAAAACGAGUUUACGAGCUGCAAUCAUUGCAUCACUUAGACAAUGAUGAUUUCCAAACUUUCAUAAUAGAUUGCUUCGUCUUUUCAUUCACCAAAUGAUGCCGUUUAAGUAAAGUAAAUGAGCCCUGAUUGAACCUAUCCCAUCAGAACAAUUUGUUUUCUUCUCCCGAACCAGAAAAGUGCAAUGCAACCCACCCUUUACAGUAACCCAUCCAGUUAUAAGACUAUUUGGCAAACGAUUAAAUCAAAUGCUCCUGUAACUGGAUUGUCUGUUUCUGUCACAGUUCUCUCCCCAUAUACAGAACACACGCCACGUAACGUUGUGCAAACCGAGCUGGAACAGAAAUUUGAGACGAGUUAAAAUUAGUAAAAUGCUAAAGCUUUCAAAUCCCGACAGGUUCAGUUAAAAAUCUUUUCUUAUCAGCAAUUUGUGUGUUUGAAAGAACUAUGAAUCUAUUACAAUCGCGAAGUCUGCUGAACGCAUUUCAAGCAAACAACUAACACACAUUUUUGAAAGAGGAUUUCAAUCUUUUAUUUAUCUUAAUCAUUAAAGAGGUGUUUUCACAUACGACUAGCAUUAGAUCACGAUUGUCUCAACACAGACAAUUCAACUGUUUGUAACACACACACACACACACACACCAAUACUGAAUCUUCGUUUACAUAGACGUUUUGGUUAACGCUUUUUCACCUCUCUGUAAUUCCUUCGGUAUAUUCAAAAUAACCACUUCACAAUUCUACGCCCCAAUGUUUUGAUCAUUUUCAUUCAGAACUCAGAAAAUAUUCCAGCAUUGUGUUUUUCAGUGUGAACCAAUUAGGAAGUUUUGUCCCUCAUAUUUUUCCCUUUUUUUUUUCUCUCUCUCUCUCUCUCUCUCUCUCUUUCCCAUAUAUAUAUGCAUAUAAAUAAAUAUAUAAAUAUAUGGUUGUGAUCUCCAGUGAAAACAAUUUUACGCUAUCACGGUUUUACUUUACGUUGGAUAUCCUUUGCUCCACAAAUUUUGACACGAUUUAAUAAAAAUAAAUGGGGUGAAAUACUUGUGCAGAGAACCAAACUGGAGUUCUUGAUUUGAAAACAAACAAAACAAUUUCCUCAGUAGUGUAACCCCCUUUAAAAACAAUCAAUAAUUGAUCUCAAAGAUUCAUACUUGACAAUAACGGUGCGCUGAUUUGUGUCGCAUGUAUACUCUCAGUGUUGGAGCAUUUCUCGCAAAGGAACCAUUGAAAUAUAUGUAACACGUAGCAUUUUUUUUUUCCUUUCGUUUUGUCUGUAAGCAGCAACAUCUUCUGUCCUGUCUCUGUUGCCUUGGAUUUUCAACCGUUCUGCAAAAGUAUCGUCAAUUACAUCCUUUCCGAUAUUCUUCUUGAUGUCAUCCAUAUACAUAAAACAAAGCAAAAAAUUGCGGUCAAUACAAAUAACAGCCAGAU